CUUACCGUUCUGACCACCCUGCAUUUGUCAAAGAAUUACUUUCAAGGCAAUAUUCAUCAUGCAAUUGGAGAGCUCAGAUCACUCAUAUACCUUAAUCUAUCACACAACAGCUUUCUGGGCCUUAUCCCAUCAAAGUUCACAAGUUUGACUUAUCUUUCAUUUCUAAAUUUAUCAAGAAAUUCGUUUCACGAACCAAUACCAGGAGGUAACCAAUUUGGAACAUUCGAUAAUGCUUCUUAUGUUGGAAAUGAAGGGUUGUGCGGGAUACCAUUGUCCAAGAAGUGUGAAGGUGAUGACGAUGAUGGUCAUGAAGUUUUUGAACCUGAAUUCGAAUCCAAUGGAGCAUUGUUGGACUGGGUUUUCGCAGGGAUUGGAUACGGAUGUGGACUAGUAAUUGGGAUAUCGACGGCCUACAUGAUGUUCACUAUUGGAAAGCCGCAAUGGUUGUUGGAGAUGGUGGAGAAUUGA